GCGGUUCACACUCCCGCCAAGACGCCGGAACAAGACACACAUAUACACACACUCAAACACACACGGAAAGGACCUCACCACCACCACCACCAUCACUACCAACGCGCACAAUCUUCCCCUCUCUGUCAACAUGUCACAAAGGAGCGGUGUGAUGGUGAGGGCGGUGGUUCUGCUGGUGGCUUGCCUGCUUGCCUCCUCCUCCUGCUACAAGCACACCUGGCAGACACCGGGCUGCCACAAAGUUGGACACACGCGGCGCAUCAGUAUCCCCGAGUGUGUAGAGUUCGACAUCACGACGAACGCGUGCCGAGGUUAUUGCGAGUCCUGGUCUGUUCCCUCAGCGUGGCAGACCCUCGUGUAUAACCCCCACCAGGUCGUGACUUCGAUAGGCCAGUGCUGCAACAUCAUGGAGACCGAGGACGUAAAAGUGAAGGUGAUGUGCAUGGAGGGCACCCGGGAGCUGAUAUUCAAGUCUGCAAGCACCUGCGACUGUUUCCACUGCAAGAAGUAUUAAAGAAGAGGAAGAAGAGCAGAAGGAGGACGAGGGAGAAGGAAGGAGAGUGGGAGGAGAAGCGAAUAAAGACCAGGUGUGCUACAGAAGGAUGAUGGCGAUGAAGAUGAAUAAGAUGGAGGAAGAAAAGGAAAAUUUAUAUUAUUAGGGAUGAUCGUAAAGGAAGAUGAAGAGGAAGGAGACGAGGAGGAAGACGAUGAAGAGGACGGAGACGAAGAAGAGGAGAAGGCGGAGAUGAAGAGCGGAGAGGAGCAGGAAGAGAAAGUAAAGCAGCCAAAUUAGAAAAAAUAGGAAUAAAAAUACAAAAAUUGGAAUAUAUAUUUUGAGUAACAAAAAAGAAAAAUUGGGAAGGAAAAAUUAUUAACAGAAGAACAGAAGACAUGGAGGAAGAGGAAGAGAAAGAGAUGACGUAGGGGAGGAAGGUCAAGGAAGAGGAGGAUGGAGAGGAGGAGGAGAAGAGACGUAGACGAAGAUGAUGAAGAGGCUGAAGAGAAAAUUACCAUCUUCUAUGUAGACAAGAAAUUCACUGACUUGUUUUGUUUUCCUUCUCCUCCUCCUUUCCUAGACUUGUAGUAGUGUGGCUGGAUCUCUCUCUCUCUCUCUCUCUCUCUCUCUCUCUCUCUCUCUCUCUCUCUCUCUCUCUCUCUCUCUCUACAUCUAUCAGUGCUGUCAAUACAUCUAAUUUCAAUAUAUUCAUAAGCCCACCUGCCCGCCUGUCUCUCUGUCACCGUACACCGUUAUAAAAGAAGCUGUGCUCAUCACGAAAUAAUGAUAAGGAAAAGGAAUAUAAAAAAUAGCGAAGAAAUAAAUAAGAUAUCAUAUUAUAUUCUUUACACCUGUUUUAUUACACCUGAACUGUGAUUUAUUAUUAUUAUUAUUAUUAUUAUUAUUAUUAUUAUUAUUAUUAUUAUUAUUAUUAUUAUUAUUAUUGUGAGGACAUAAUUACUCAAACAUUGGCAAUUAAAAGUAUUGAUUAUUACAUCUUUUCAUUUUAUUUCGCAUGCUCCUGUAUAUAUUAACACAUUCUGUAUUUCUUUAUUUCAAGAGGAAUUAUGUUUCUAGACAAUUCAUAUUCUUUUCAGAAAACAAUCUAUUCACUCAUCAACAAUAAGCACAAUGCAAGUUGACCUCUAUAUUAAAAGUCUAUCUGUGUGAAAGAUAUAUAUAGUCUACAUAUACCGAUCAUAUUGGAACAAUCUUAUUAUUUUUCUAUAUUUUCAAGGUUGUGUGAAAAGGUUUGCAAAGUUAUAAAAAAAAGAAUAUAUUGCGUUGUUCUUUCUGAACUGCGUCACAUCUAAAUUGAGUUAUGUUCUAGAUGUAAUACGUUUCGACACACUUUUUUUCGUUGAAUUCACAAACGUAAAGAAAAAUAUAAGAGCAAAAGGUCAUGUGAAAGCCUGGCGAAGUAUUCCUCAUGCAUAUCAACUUGACCUCCCGCGUGGGUGUGUCCAAGUGUUCUAGUCUAUAUACUCCAACCUUGCUCACUAACUUGUGCUGCACCUUCAACUUUCCGCAACAGUAAACACUAUAAUUAAACCCGUUCUGCAAUAGUUGUCCAAAGCCUUCGUUAACUUAUUCUCCCUCGGUCGCAUCUUGUUUCGUCAGAUUCCACAAUUUCUCCAACUCUUUUAACUAGUAUAAUUGGAGAACUCACACAUUCAUUACACUCCACUCUAUAUAGAAAUAAAGUACAAUGCAUGACUUUUCUCUCCUGCCAAGCAUUGUAAUAAUUUAUCUACUGCAGUGCAAUAUCCAUAACUUACAGCACUAA